AUGCAUUUCCUCAAACUUACUAGCCUGCUCGCUUUCCUGAGCACAUCCGCCCUCGCAGCCCCUAGCGAGCUCGAAGUCGAACAUGACAAACCCCAUACUCCCACCCCACCAGGCCUGACGUACCUCUACACCUCGUAUAUCAUCUGCGCUCCAAACGUCUACGACGGCCAAGGACCCUCAGGAAUCAGAGGCCUCCUCCCAAUCCAUGGCGGCAACUUCACUGGCCCGCUCUUGAACGGCGAGAUCCUCGAUGUCGGCGGAGAUUGGGGAACUGCUGAUCCGCAGACGGGCAUCUUUAGCGCUGACUCGCGAUACAAUAUGCGCACUCAUGAUGGUGCUUAUCUCCUUGUUACUACUUCGGGCUCCGGACAGCCUGAUGGAAGCUCGCAUGUGCGUGUCAAGAUUGAGACCGGGGCCAAGGAUUAUUAUUGGCUUAACAAUAUUCUGGCUGUCGGUGUGCUGAACCCUGCUGCUCACAAUGAGACCACUAUUACUCUGAAGAUCGAUGCUUUCCACUUGACUGGCGAGUGGAACUCGACUACUUUCGUCAAUGGCACCACUUACCCUUGA